GGGCAACUGGAGGGUAGGGUUGGAUGAUCUCAAAAUCUCCAAAGUAUGAAGAACAAUUGGGACUGAUCUAAGUCGGUCACCGCUGUAGGAAUCGUCCUCUGCUGUGAAAGGAAUGGGCGAACACAGUUCUUUCUUGGAAGAUAGAUGGAUGACACAUCGAAACAGUGCACUGACAGAUGAGGUUGUAGGACAGGCAUUCCUUACUCCGGCGGAGGAUGGAGGUUUGAGAAGAGAUGAGCACAUGUUCGAACCAGUUGCAACGGACAGAUUUCUGUUCAAUUUAUAACAGUCAAUGUUUGUGACAGUGAAGGCCUUGAUCCGUAAUAUCGAACAUCCUCUGCGAGAUUUAGGACGAAGUGAGCAGAACCAGCUGACCAAGUCUGUGAAGUUAGUGUGAUAAUUGGACGAUGGAAAAGAAGGAGCGAGCAUGUGAGAGAAUUUGAGACGUAUAGUGCAGGUUUCCUGAUCGUUACUCUUGUUGAAUCCUCUUCUCAGUAGUUUCUGUCAGCACGAGUGUCAUCUGGGACCACACUGUUUUCAAUUUAGUACAAAAGGUUAGCAUAUCCAAAAGGGUUCUGAGACUUGAUUCAUCGGCUAUUAUUGAGGAGGUCAUUGAUUUCUCGGACACCGUUCGUGUUGCACUUGGAGCUAACAGAACAUGCUUGCUUCCUGGAGAGAUCCAGUCACUGGUUUUGAAACCAAUGAGAAACUUUCCUAGUGAAUGGACUGACUGUAACGGAGUAAGUAUGGAAUGUGAGAAAUCUAAAAAACGCCUGACAGAAAUUCCCUGAUUUGUUCACUGUCUCCUCAAUAUCCCUGCAAAGCUCUGGGAUACCCAUGGGACCACAAUCUCUUUGGUCAAGGACUCUGCUCACAAACAUUAUUUACACCUUCGUACCCCAAUAAAUGAAGUUUUGUCGACUGCCCACUGAUCCAGGCUGCAUGCUUGCAGACUGGAAUAUCUCCCCUGAACACCAGAGUAGAGUGAACUCUCCUUUCUGGUCUUUUCACAGAAGGUAUGAUAUGCCUCUUUAACAAGUGUGUUCAGAUUGUCGAGAAGAAUUAUGAAUAAUUGAUCCCACAUUUUCACUACAGCGAUAGGAGUACAAGUCAGGAGUUGCACGGAUCUUCGUACUCUUCAAUUGUAACCCAAGCUUGCAGUCACAAGCUGUGAUGGAUUUGUGACAUUCGGCAUGUCCAGGUGGUAGCUAUUCACUGAGAGAGCGCAGAAAGCAUAAAGAAGGAGAGAGAAAGAAUGUGGUACUUGUGUACGGAACAAGAUAAGCAUGACAAUAUGCUUUAGACUUCAGUGCGGGUGGUAUCAGGACUCUGAUCAAAGGACGAGCAAAAGUAACAAACCCUGGAGAUUUCAUCAAUCUCCCUGGACCGUGCAGCUGGUUGCACUGUACGAGGUCAGCAGCGAGCGUUGAUCAUUGCCACAGCCAAAGCUAGCGUGGUGUGUGAGAUCGUGUCACCUCAAUUUAUGCAAGCCAGAGAAUUAGAGGCCGAGUACGGAGUAUUAUACCCCGAGCUUCCACGAACCUGUGUGGUGAAUCUGGUCAUGCUUGUUACUGCCGAGCUCAAUCUAGCCACGGAACAACAUGAACGCAGCAAUUGUAGCGUGUGCGCUCCGUGACAUUAAGCUCAGCUCAGUAAUAUGGGAAGGAAUAUUUGAGACCUAGAAGUUCGUGCCCUACUACAACUCCAACUGCACGUGCUCGUGUGUCGAGUGCAAGCAAGAGUUCAGUCUCCUCGGGCAUGGAGUCAGUGCACGAUACUAGUAAAAUGAGCUUAACUUGGGGAAAAGGAGUUGCAGUGGACGAUAUUCGCUAAACAUCUAAUACUUGUGCGCAGCAAAGUUCUUCAUGGUGGUCCCUGAGAACCUUUCUAUGUAUUUUCUGGAAGGUUUGCUCCGAGCAGCCUGUGCAGUGCAGUCAGAACUCAAUCAACGACAUGAGUGUAUCUAAUUCCUUCAGCUUCCUCAAAAUUUGGCCAACCUCUCCUCUGGCCGGAAUCCGUUGUGCCCAUUAUUCGGAAGUACGCAACGCUCUGACAGGAGGAUAUUUGGCUAUUGGCCAGGGCGAACCGCCACCUAGCAAAAUCUCUCGUUUGUCAUAUUCUAAAGGUGGUCCUAAAUGUGGCAAUGAAUUUCUGACCUGCAGAUCUCUGAUCGUACAUAGUAAUGCAUCCUCUGAGCCUCUAACCAGCAGCAGAAAGCAUGAUCUGCGGACCCAGUCAACAAACCGAGUCGACACACACACACUCUCUCACACAGCAUUGCGUCCAGAACUUGAGUUCUUGAGUCUCUUUCCGAGUGUUGGUGGCACUGGAAUCAAGGUCCGAGUGAUCGACGACCGCUUUCUGGAGCUGGAAUUUUCUGGGCAGAGCUUUGGACGGAGAGCCAGAACAUUGGAAGGCAAGAUCCAUCUUCCUUCGGCUGAAGAGUUCUAAACCCGAAGCAGAGCUUUACGUGCGACAGAAGGUUGAUCCAGAUAGAGAUCAGGCGAAUAAAACAUGCUUCAGUCGCUGCAGUCGGAGUGACGUAGGUGGAGCUUUUUCCCGGAUACUUUGCUGGCAGUGUCUGGCUCCAACGUGCUUGCGUUGGGAAAAAGCUGCCAGAGUUGUCGGACUAGGGGCCCUCCGAGAAGAUGGAGAGCGAGAGACUCUGCUUGAUGGCGAUGGCUAUGGGG